AUGAACUGCAUGUCAGACUUCUUCACCUACGAGACCACCAAGUCUGUGGUUGUGAAGAGCUGGACCAUUGGCAUCAUCAACCGGGCAGUCCAGCUUCUCAUCAUCUCCUACUUUGUGGGGUGGGUUUUCUUGCACGAGAAGGCGUACCAGGUGCGGGACACAUCCAUUGAGUCCUCCGUGGUAACCAAGGUGAAGGGCUUUGGACGCUACGCCAACAGAGUCAUGGAUGUGUCUGAUUAUGUGACACCACCCCAGGGCACCUCCGUCUUUGUCAUCAUCACCAAGAUGAUCGUCACUGAAAACCAGAUGCAAGGGUUCUGCCCUGAGAGCGAGGACAAGUACCGCUGUGUAUCAGACAGCCAGUGCGGGCCUGAGCGCUUCCCGAGUGGGGGGAUCCUCACCGGCCGCUGCGUGAACUACAGCUCCGAGCUCCGCACCUGUGAGAUCCAGGGCUGGUGCCCUGCCGAGGUGGACACGGUGGAAAGGCCUGUCAUGAUGGAAGCCGAGAACUUCACUAUUUUCAUCAAGAACAGCAUCCGCUUCCCCCUCUUCAACUUUGAGAAGGGGAACCUCCUUCCCAACCUGACCGCCGCCGACAUGAAGACCUGCCGCUUCCACCCUGACAAGGCCCCCUUCUGCCCCAUCCUGCGGGUGGGGGAUGUGGUCAAGUUUGCGGGGCAGGACUUUGCCAAACUGGCCAGCACGGGCGGGGUCCUGGGCAUUAAGAUCGGCUGGGUGUGCGACCUGGACAAGGCCUGGGAGCAGUGCAUCCCCAGAUACUCCUUCACCCGGCUCGACAGCGUUUCUGAGAAGAGCAGCGUCUCCCCAGGCUACAACUUCAGGUUUGCCAAGUACUACAAGUUGGAGAAUGGCAGCGAGUACCGCACGCUCCUAAAGGCUUUUGGCAUCCGCUUCGACGUGCUGGUGUACGGGAACGCAGGCAAGUUCAACAUCAUCCCCACCAUCAUCAGCUCCGUGGCAGCCUUCACCUCUGUGGGAGUGGGGACUGUCCUCUGUGACAUCAUCCUGCUCAACUUCCUUAAGGGGGCCGACCAAUACAAAGCCAAGAAGUUUGAGGAGGUGAACGAGACGACGCUGAAGGUCGCUGCCUCGGCCAACCCAGUGUUCCCCAGCGACCAGACCCCAGAGGAGAAGCAGUCCACUGAUUCGGGGGCCUUCUCCAUCGGCCACUAGGGCCUCCACCCAGGGCCCCACACUCACUGCUGGGCUCCAGACCUCCCAACAGAGGACCCCACUGGGCAAGGGGGAUGGGAGAGGGAGGGCUCUCCUUUCUGCUGCUCACCCCAUGGGGCCACAGCUGGAAGGCGUCUGGGCAUCCCAGUG